AUGGGGCAAGGGGAAAGUACGCCUCUCUCUCUUACCCUCUCCAACUGGAACGAUGUUGAGGACCGGGGGUUCGAUCUCUCUGUGAACGUGAAGAAAGGGCCGUGGCAAACGUUCUGUUCCUCUGAAUGGCCCACCUUCAAUGUUGGGUGGCCAGCAGAGGGAACUUUUGACCUAACCAUGAUUUUUGCCAUCAAGGAUAUUGUUUUUCGCCCAGGAACAGGAUCUCAUCCGGACCAGCAACCUUACAUUAUUGUCUGGCAGGAUUUAGUUCAGAACCCCCCGUCAUGGGUCCGUCCUUGGUUGCCCCCGCGAAGCCCACGGAUUCUGGCCCUUCAACCCUCACAGGAACAGCCAAAGAAGCCGUUGGUCGACCCGCAGACGGAUCUUCUCCUCCUUGACUCUCCGCCCCCACCCUAUUUUCCCUCUCUCGCUCCGGAGCUUCUACCUGCGGCCACGGCUCCGUCCGCCCCUGCUUUGCCCUCCGCCACGGCGGCUGGCCCCUCCCAGGGAACUAGGAGCCGAAGGGGGCAGCCCACUUCCCCCGACUCUACUGUAGCCUGUCCCCUUCGGGCGUACGGACCGCCUCCCCCGUUGCCGGGCGACGGAGGGCCGGCGCCCCUCCAGCCCCUCCAGUACUGGCCUUUCUCCUCUGCUGAUCUGUAUAACUGGAAAACUAACCACCCUCCUUUUUCAGAGGAUCCCCAGAAAUUAACCGGGUUGGUGGAGUCUCUUAUGUUCUCCCAUCAGCCCACUUGGGAUGAUUGCCAGCAGUUGCUCCAGACCCUUUUCACCACGGAAGAGAGAGAAAGAAUUCUGCUAGAAGCUCGGAAACAUGCUCCCGGCCCUGACGGGCGACCUACCCAGCUCCCCCACCUGAUGGACGCCGCUUUCCCCUUCACCCGACCUGAUUGGGACUACAACACGGCAGAAGGUAGGGAGCGACUGACAGUCUAUCGCCAGAUUCUAGUGGCCGGCCUCAGAGGAGCCGCGCGUCGGCCCACCAAUUUGGCUAAGGUAAGGGAAGUCCUUCAGGGACCCACGGAGCUCCCCUCAGUCUUCCUUGAGCGACUAAUGGAAGCAUUCAGGCGGUAUACACCAUUUGACCCUACGACUGAGGGGCAGCGGGCUUCGGUGGCUAUGGCCUUUAUUGGCCAAUCUGCUUUAGACAUCAAAAGAAAACUGCAGCGAAUUGAGGGAUUGCAGGAUUACACUUUGCAGGACUUAGUUAAGGAGGCAGAGAAGGUGUAUCACAAAAGGGAAACGGAAGAAGAGAGGGAACAGAGAAAGGAAAGGGAAAGGGAGGAGAAGGAGACUAAACGAGAAAAGAGACAGGAGAAGAAUCUCACGCGCAUCUUGGCAGCAGUGGUAGGUGAUAAAAAGCCAGAAGGGAGAGGUAAGGGUAGACAGAUGAACCUGGGCGAUCGCCUCCCACUCGACCGAGAUCAAUGUGCCUACUGUAAAGAAAAAGGACACUGGAAGAGAGAAUGCCCAAGAAGGCAGAGGAAGGAGAAGGAAGCCAAGACCAUUUUGGCCUUUCAUGAGGACAGUGACUGAGGGGGACGGGGCUCGGAACCCCUCCCUGAGCCCAGGGUAACCAUCCAAGUGGAGGGGAAACCAGUAGAAUUUCUGGUGGACACAGGAGCACAAUAUUCUGUCUUAAAAGCUCCCUUGGGGCCGAUAUCUAAGAAAACUUCUUGGGUCAUUGGGGCCACUGGUAAUGAGCAAUACCCGUGGACGACUAACCGGACUGUAGAUCUUGGGACUGGGGCGGUCACCCACUCUUUCCUUGUGAUACCAGAAUGUCCAGCCCCGCUGUUGGGGAGAGAUCUGUUAACUAAGAUGGGAGCUCAGAUCACUUUCACCCCAAAGGGACCAAUUGUGGGGCAGACCGAAGCGGAGGCAGUCACACUUCUAACCCUCCACUUGGAAGACGAACACAGGCUGUUUGAAUCCAGGACGUCAGGGGAACUCUCUGAGGAAAUAGCCAGAUGGGUAGACCGGGUCCCGGGAGCAUGGGCAGAAACCGCUGGUAUGGGGAAGGCCACCCGACAACCUCCUGUGGUGGUCGAAUUGAAGGCAUCGGCCACCCCCGUGGCCGUACGACAGUAUCCCAUGCCCAAAGCAGCUUGGGAAGGGAUAAAGCCCCACAUACAGCGCCUCUUAGAUACGGGAAUCUUAGUACGGUGCCAUUCACCUUGGAACACUCCGCUCCUCCCAGUGAGAAAGCCUGGCACCUCAGACUACCGACCUGUUCAGGACUUAAGAGAGGUUAACAAGAGGGUGCAAGACAUCCAUCCCAUGGUGCCCAACCCUUAUAACCUUUUGAGUACCUUGCCGCCUUCCCACAUUUGGUAUUCGGUGCUGGACUUAAAAGACGCUUUUUUCUGUCUCCAGUUGCACUCAAACAGCCAGGGCAUGUUUGCGUUCGAGUGGAGAGACCCUGACUCUGGGGUUACGGGGCAACUGACCUGGACUAGACUUCCACAGGGAUUCAAGAAUUCACCCACCAUCUUCGAUGAAGCCCUUCAUCAGGACCUGGCACCCUUCCGAGCUGAGCACCCCGAGAUCACUCUCCUCCAGUACGUAGAUGAUCUCCUGGUGGGGGGGGCCACGGAGGAAGAAUGCCGAGCCGGUACUGAGGCCCUCCUCCGAGAGCUCGCCCAUCUGGGAUACCGGGUAUCCGCCAGAAAAGCCCAACUCUGUCGGCGAAAGGUGACGUACUUGGGAUACACUAUUGAAAAGGGACAGAGGUGGCUGACGGAGGCCAGAAAGAGAACCGUCACCCAGAUCCCGAGGCCCCAGACCCCCCGUCAAGUCCGUGAGUUCUUGGGUACGGCAGGGUUCUGCAGACUCUGGAUUCCGGGGUUUGCAACACUCGCUGAGCCUCUCUACCCCCUCACCAAGCAGGGAAACCCGUUCGAGUGGGGCCCGAAACACCAGGAGGCUUUUGACGACAUCAAGAAAACCCUGCUUUCAGCCCCAGCGCUAGCUCUGCCUGAUGUCACCAAGCCCUUUACCCUCUACAUAGAUGAGAGAAAGGGGAUUGCCCGGGGAGUCCUGACGCAAACAUUGGGGCCAUGGAAAAGGCCGGUGGCCUACCUGUCCAAGAGACUGGACGCGGUGGCACGAGGAUGGCCAGCAUGCCUCCGUGCUAUAGCGGCCACAGCCUUAUUGGUCAAAGACGCUGACAAACUGACUCUGGGGCAAAAAUUGACCGUUAUAGCGCCCCAUACACUGGAGAGUAUCAUACGGCAGCCUCCGGACAGGUGGAUGUCCAAUGCCAGAAUGACCCACUACCAAAGUCUCUUGUUGGACGAGGGGAGAGUCCAAUUCGGGGCCCCCGUGACAUUGAAUCCUGCCUCUCUGCUACCAGAAGCAGACUUGGAAAAGAGAGAGAUUCUGCAUUCCUGUCAGAAGAUAUUGGCUGAAGAAACGGGGGCCAGGCGGGAUCUCAGAGACACACCCCUACCCGGGUCCCCCCUCACUUGGUUCACAGAUGGCAGCAGCUACCUCUCAGACGGGAAGAGGAGGGCAGGAGCCGCAGUAGUCAGCACGGAUGAGGUAAUCUGGUCUAGCAGUCUGCCAGAAGGCACCUCAGCACAGAGGGCAGAACUCAUAGCCUUAACACAAGCCCUCAGGUUGGCUGAAGGAAAAAGAGUCAACAUCUACACUGACAGCAGGUAUGCCUUUGCGACUGCUCAUGUGCAUGGGGCCAUUUACAGACAAAGAGGACUCCUCACCUCAGCCGGAAGGGAGAUUAAAAACAAACCCGAAAUUCUCUCCCUCUUAGAGGCCAUACAUGCCCCCAAAGAAGUUGCCAUCAUACACUGCCCAGGGCACCAAAAGGGGACGUCUGAGGUGGCGGAGGGGAACAGGAAGGCAGAUGUUGAAGCAAAACAGGCUGCAUUGGGACUAAACAUCCUGCCGCUAGCAAAAGUCCCUUUGGACCCUCCUAGGUCCUUCUCUUACUCCCCAGAAGAGGAGGGGGAGAUGGCCAGAAAGCCUGGCAAAUACGUCAAGGAUAAGUACGGGGUCUGGAAGGAUAAGGCAGGUGGGAAGAUAAUCGUCCCUGAAGAAAUGGCAAAAACUUACCUCGAGCAACUACACCGCCUCACCCAUCUGGGUCCAAAACAUCUCAGUGCUACCUGCCGGGCCCUGGAUUACUCCAUCCGAAAGCUCACCUCCCUGGCCGAGAGAACUGUCGCUAGCUGCAAGGCAUGUCAGCUAGUAAAUUCCCACCCCUCGCAAGUCUCUCAGGGGAAAAGGGAAAGGGGAAAUAGGCCGGGCAGCUAUUGGGAGGUUGACUUUACGGAAGUCAAGCCGGCCCGGUAUGGUUAUAGAUACCUUCUAGUCUUUAUAGAUACCUUUUCAGGAUGGGUUGAAGCUUUUUCAACGAAGAGCGAAACGGCAACCACAGUAGCCAAGAAGAUUAUUGAAGACAUCUUUCCCCGGUUUGGAGUUCCAGAGGUAAUUGGUUCAGAUAAUGGGCCGGCAUUCAUCGCCCAGGUAAGUCAGGAAAUUGCCAAGGUGCUGGGGAUUAAUUGGAAAUUGCAUUGUUCAUAUAGACCCCAAAGUUCAGGACAGGUAGAAAGGAUGAAUAGAACGUUAAAAGAGGCUAUGACUAAAUUAUCCUUAGAAACUGGCGUAACAGACUGGACAGUCCUCCUUCCCUUUGCCCUAUUCCGUGCCCGGAAUACGCCCGGGCCCCUGGGAGUAACCCCUUUUGAGAUCCUUUUCGGGGCCCCACCACCACUCACUGCUGACCCGUGGACCAUGCACACAGAAACUCACGCCCCUCAAUCCCUGCUCGCUAGGUUGAAGGCAUUGGAGACGGUCCAAAAGGACGUGUGGGUCCCUUUGGCUGCCGCUUACACCCCGGGAGAGCUCAAAGUACCACACCAGUUCCAGGUUGGGGACUUUGUCUACGUUCGUCGUCACCGGACAGCCAACUUGGAACCCCGGUGGAAGGGACCUCACCUCAUACUUCUGACUACACCCACCGCCAUCAAGGUAGACGGCAUCGCCUCCUGGAUCCAUGCCUCUCAUGCCAAACCUGCACCACCGCCUGACGAUGGAUGGACUGUGGAGACUGCUUCAAAUCCCCUCAAGCUUCGCAUCCGCCGGCACCCUGCUCCUCCUGAGUACAAGGAGUGA